GUGGAAGAGGCCAUGUACAUGAAGGCUUCACCCCGUUUGGACUUCAUGCUGAACACCAACAGCGCCCUGGACCCCUUCAUGGUCACGAAGGUUCAUCGUCUUCUACGACUCAACAUCAUCGUCGAAGGCGACGCCGUCGACAUCAUCCAGACGGUGAUCCGGACGGUGAUGACGGAGGCGAUGGCUUUGAACCUGGUGAAGAAGAAGCCAGGACUGAUGAUCCAUGCCUUGAACCGUCAGAAGAUGGUCGGAGAUCACAUCUCUCUGAUCGACUUGGUGGCAAUCACCCUGGAGGCAAGGGACCCGGACGUGGCAACCAACCUGGAGGUCACGGCAGGCAUGCAGCCUGGUGUCAAGUACCGUGGAGGAGCUCCUCCACAACCACCGGUGUGGCACUACACCAGUGGGGACGUUCGCGCUUUUGAACGUUUUGAGAAGAAGGUCAACAUUUGGGCUCUCCAGGCCAAGCACUACAUGAGCAGCUCCGAGGCCGGACUGGCCCUGUACACAUCUCUGAAAGGAGAUGCUGAGGCCGAACUCGAGUACGUUGACAUCGAGAAGGUCUACAGCAGAGAUGGAGUUCAGUAUGUGCUUGACCAGCUUCGUGGUCCCUUCCAGGAGAAGCCCGUCUACAUCAAGCGGCAAUUCCUUUUUGAGUAUGAACAAGUCUCAAGAACUGCAAACGAGAGCAUGCGCAACUACACGAACCGAUAUCGCCGCAUAGAAGCAUCACUUCGUUCGGUGGGAAUAGAUGUCUCACUGACAUACGACCAAGAAAGCCGCGGCAGCAGGUUGUUGGACAGAGCCAAACUGUCACCAGAGGCUCAACGGCUCGUGUUAGUCGGCACGGGCCAGCGGCUCGACUUCGACUCGGUGAAGAGCGCAUUGCUCAUGCAGUACCCCGAGCACAAGGCACCUCCACCUCUUUUUGUCCAUGGUCAACUUCAACACCGGCCAGGCAAGGGGCCGAGCUAUGGCAAAGGAGGAGGCAAGAGUUUUGGUGGCCAAUCAGGCCAUGGUUUUGGACAAGCACGCAAGGGCAAUGGCAAGUUCACGAAGAAGGUCUUCCAGACCACAGCCGAGAGCAAUGCAGAGUCGGCUGAACAAGACGAUGACCCUGGCGAUGAUCUCAACGCCAUUGAGGAAGAAGACCAAGAAGGCGAAACUGCUGAUUUUGAUGAACCGCCACCAGAAGAGUUAGCGGUUGACAAUGAACAACCAGAAGGCGACGACCCCGACAUCGACAACCUGACCCAGGUGCUCACUGUGACCGCCAAGAAAUUGGCAGCAAUCACCUUGGGAAGGAAGUGGUCAGGGCAGCCCUCAAAGAGCAUAGCAGAGCGGAAGAAGACCAGCUGCUGCGCCGUGUGUGGCCAGAUGGGUCACUGGAGCGGUGAUUCAGAGUGCCCUGGAGCUGAAGGAACAACCACAAAAGGUGGCAAAGGCAAAUCCUCGAAGGGGAACGCCAAAGGCUCCAAGGGUGGCAAUGGACCAUCGUCGAGCGGCAAAAAGGUGUUCACUGUCAGCUAUGGCAACGGGGUGGACCAUGACGUAGAGAAUCUCCUUGAAGAUGAACCUGCAAGUUCACAGUUUGUCCUCACCAACCAUGUCCUCAUGAACCACAUCACCCAGUCAUGUUUUCUUGCAGCCACUGAAGCCACGGGGUAUAUGAUCAUUGACACGGCCUGCCAACGUUCAUGCUGUGGGUUGGAGUGGUACCAUGAACAUGCUCGUCACCUCGGCACUUUUCACCUCCACCCCUUUGAGAUGUCCAAAGAAGAGAUUUUUCAAUUUGGUUCAGGCAGCCCUCUCAAGUCCAAGACCCUUGCAAUGCUGCCUUCAGCCUUCGAAGGUGCGAUUUGCCUCGUUUUGGGAUCGUAUAUUUUGGAGACCUCAAUACCUUUUUUGGGAAGUCUCGCAACCAUGAACAAGCUCAGAGCCGUGAUCGACCUCCCUCAGCAAGUUGUGUUUUUGAGCAAGUUUGACAUGUCAGUGCCUCUUGCAGUUGUCGGUCGCCACCUCGCCACGAAGAUCACACAAUUUCCCCCAAAACCUGAAAGACUAGCAGUGUGGGCCAAAAUCACAGAAGUUGGAUUCCUUGAUCCUGAAGUGAAUCUACCGCCCUCCGUUGUCCAGAUUGCUCAAGCUCGCCGGGACGUCACCUUGCUUGACCGCAUCCUGCCUGAUGCCGGGCUGACACUUCACACGGCAUCGAGACUCAACAUCGUGGACACCGAGAAGGAGCCGGACGAGGACAAGGAGACCUACAAGUUGGGAGCUCGCACCAAAGCUGCCGCAAAGACCAAACCAAAGACGAAGGCUAUGAGCUCGAAGGCGGCUGCCAUCGAGUACAAACAGCGGCAGAUGGACGAGUGCCAGAUGGAAGUGGGUGGGAGGCGGAUGGAAGUUGCAUGGUGGCUCAUCCAACUACUCGCUACCGCUGCCAUCGUUCAGGCCACCGCCUCCAAUGCAGUACCCAUCCAUGACCGACUACUACAUGCAGUACCAUGCCCCAGCUCCGGCAGCAGCAUCAUCACAGAUGCUCUUUCCACCGCAGGCAAGACAGUCGGAGGGCCCGGUUCCCACCACAAUACCGGGAACACCUUCACAACUGGCACCACACUGGCACCACCUCAGGCCAUUCGCAUCAUGGAGGUAGACAAGGAAACCUGGACUCGAGCGCGGCCCGUUUCGCUGACAUCAUCAGUCGCAGGCCAUGGACUUCAGCCGGACGAGAUCCAGGACUACGACGAGGAGAUGGUCAACCGCAACAUGGAGAUUCCAGUGCCAUCAGGGGCAUUCACAAUGUCGGACGGCAGCUUCUACCGUCUGGGCGAAGGAAAAGAUUGGUUGGAAACAUCAACAAAGCGGUCAAACAUCAACAAAGCGGUCUACAUGCUUGAGUCCGAGAUAGGUGCCAUCAAUAACCUAGCAGGCGACAUGGGCAAGGAUUUCAACAUUGACCUCAUGGAGCUAUUUGCUGGGACCUCAAAGCCUACCAGCAUGGCAAGACGAUUUGGACUGACUGCCCUUCAGCCCUUCGAAAUUGAGGAUGGCCGUGACUUAGCGUCCAAGGCCAUUCAGAAGACCGUCGAUUUUGCCCUGAAUAAGUUCAAGCCCUUGCUGUUGAUGAACUUUGGGGAAGAACUUUGGGAGCUGCGAGAACUUCAGAAACCUUUGCUGAAAUGGGUCCUCAGCAAACUCGAACAACAGCUCAAGCAGGGACGCCUCAUCCUGCUCGAGAAUCCUCUCCGCAGCCGACUCAUCAGCGACCACAACCUUUACAUCGUCAAGUGCGAUGGAGGCUACUUCGGAGCAGUGGACAACAAGGGCAACAUGACCAUCAAGACCUACAAGCUGAUCACCAAUAGCCAGGCGAUCGCUGAAGCGCUUGGACAUCAGCUUUCCAGCGAAGAGAGAGCACAGCGCACACCCUUGGAAGGAGCGAACGUCACUCGCUCUCAGGAAUACCCCACCAAGAUGGUGGAGGCAUUGUUGAAAGCACUUCAGAAAGAAGCACGUCACUGGAAUGCACAUCGUUUUGAGCCAAUACCCAAGGAGGUUUUCUUUGCGCAGCCAACCGAUGACGAGACCACUUGGCGCCGCCUUCUUGAAGAAGUGGAUCAAGUGUUUCGACGUGGCUCGGCGCGAUCUCUGACACUACAACCUGGUCAUGAUCUUUACGACCGCGUCAGUGCAUUGAUCCCUUGGGAAAUUGGCAGAAUUCAGAUUGCAAGCAAGCCUGUGACCAGGCGACAGCCACGAGAGCUACCUCACACGCAUCGAGGCAACAUCCUCCUGCACAACGAUGACACCGUUUCCAUCGAAAUGGAAGAUAUGGUGGUGAACCAAUUUCCAAAGCAGAGGUUCGACAAGCCAGUGAGGGCAGCAAUAUUUUUCUACGGAUUUGCAGCUGCCGAUCAGCCCCAAGAACAAUAA